GUAAAUAAAGUGUACAACAGGAGCGACACGCUACCAAUAAUAACUACUGAAAUCAGAAGUGCUAUUUAUCUCUUUUGAAUGUAAAGAAACCCAGGAAAAGUGGUCUUUUAACAUGGAUAUCAGUAAUGACGAGCUGGAAGAAGAUGAAACCCAGUGGGAGAGUCGUUUCCUGGAUUCAGCAGCAUCUCCGGCUCCUGUUUCUGAAGCAAGUGUCAACAAGAAACCGGGACCUCCACACCGAGUGAUUCUGCAUUUUGACCUGGACUGCUUCUACGCUCAGGUGGAGAUGCUCAGAAACCCAGCUCUGACACACGUGCCUUUAGGUAUUCAGCAGAAAUACAUCAUAGUGACCUGUAACUACGUGGCAAGGGAGAGGGGUGUCAAUAAGCUGAUGUCAGUAACUGCUGCAAAGGAGAAAUGUCCUGAGCUGGUUCUGGUUAAGGGAGAGGACCUGACACACUACAGAGAGAUGUCCUAUAAAGUUACAGAGCUUCUGAUGUCCUACUGUCCACUCGUAGAGAGACUUGGAUUUGAUGAAAAUUUCUUGGACGCCACAGAAAUGGUGGAAAGCAGGCUUGCACAGACAGCAGAGUCUGAUAGGUUUUCAUUUAAAGGACACGUCUACAAUCAUUCCAGUGCAGAGGUUCAAGCCAGCGACCACCCGCGGUUGGCUUUGGGUUCUCACAUUGCAGCAGAACUGAGAGAAGCCAUCCACAGUAAGGUGGGCCUGACUGGCUGUGCAGGCAUCGCCACCAACAAGCUGCUGGCCAAACUGGUCUCCGGCACCUUCAAACCCAAUCAGCAAACCGCUCUGCUGCAGGAGGACGUCAGUCACGUCAUGGGCUGCCUGAGCAGCCUCCGAAAAGUACCAGGGGUGGGUCACCAAACUGCUAAGAGGCUUCAAGCCCUGGGAUUGGUGAGUGUGAAGGACCUACAGCUCUACCCACUAAAUGAAUUGGUGCGAGAGUUUGGAAGUCCCUCUGCUCAGCGCUUGAAGAACCUUGCCCUCGGUGUGGAUGAUGCACGUGUCACUCCAACUGGAGCCCCUCAGUCUCUCAGUGAUGAAGACUCCUUCAAAAAAAUGAGUUCAACCAAAGAAGUCUUGGAUAAGAUUCAGGAGCUUUUGAGCAGUCUCCUGGAAAGGAUGCACAAAGAUGGCAGGCAGCCUCAAACCCUCAGGCUCACCAUCCGUAGAUACUCAGAGACCAACAAGUGGUUCAGUCGCGAGAGCCGGCAGUGCCCGAUCCCCAGCCACAUCGGACAAAAGAUCACUUCAGGGAGCAUUGAAGAUGCUGUGGUCGUAUUGGUGCCAGUGGCCGUCAAGCUCUUCCAUAAGAUGGUGGACCGCGGCGCCGCCUUCCACCUCACGCUCAUCAACGUCUGCUUCAGUAAUCUACAGACCAGAGGAGCUGCCGUCAGCGGGAAGGCGGCCAUAACGUCGUUCUUUACACGGAACACGUCUCCCACGAAAACUCAGGUGUUCUCCUCCCAGAGCCAGGAGGAUUUGUCUCAGGAUGCUGACGGUCGCUGCUGGGACCAUCAGGUCAGUGGAAGCAUCACGACUGCUCAACGCAGAGCAGAAACCACGCCGGAGAGUUCCUCCGGCUCCGAGGUACCAGUGAGUGGCUUCACGUGGAAACAAAGCGCUGUCGUUGCUGUAAAAAGGAGUCAAAAAGAGACCUGCAGUACAGCAGGAUGCAACUCUAAUGAGACUACGAGAGCACUGGAGCGUCAAGUGCCACCAAAUGUUGACCCGGAGGUGUUUCAGCUCCUUCCAGAGGAAAUCCAGAAGGAACUCUUAUCUCCUGCCUACCUGAACUCCCUGUCAAGCACUUCUGCCAGCCCCUCAGUCGCUGAUAUCGGGUACACAUCAGAAAACAAACCUUCACAGCCGUUCACAGACUCUCAAAAUACUGAAGACGUGAACGAGGCUGCAGGUGAAUCGGAUGCAUCUGACAGAGCAAGUUCCUGGAGUCCCCAGUGUUCUGCAGGCACAAGUGUUCAAGGAGAAACUGUCACAGAGGGAGAGAAACUGUCUUCUCCCAGGUCGUCUGACAGCGGGUUCCCAGGAAACGUAGACCCUAAGGUGUUUGCGGAGCUUCCGCCGGACAUUCGAAGGGAGCUGAUGUCCGAAUGGAGGCAGCAGAAACCGCUUCUGAAAACUCCCUCGUCUAGAAAAGCAGGCAGAAGUUCGACGGGGAAAGAGAAAGACAGAAAGACUGCAGGAAGAGGCAGCCAGUUAAAUAACUUGUUAAAAUAUUUCAAACCCAGUUAGAGAAUGAAUUGUUGGCUGUGUUAAAUGCGUUCUAUACAUUUUUGAUAUUUCUUUAAAAACAGAGUUUAUUUCUCUUUAUUGAGUUCUUCACGACUAAA